CCAGGUCUGCCAACGACCUUGUCUGCGCGUUCUCUGACGUGUACCCACGUAUAGAGCCGAGAGAAAUUGUGGUGGUUUCAGUCUUACCCCAGACUAUUUUCGGGGCAUGUUCUCAUCUGAGGUCGUGGGGGAUGACGCGGCCGCCCCGCGAUGGCACCAACCAACCGUGCCACCCUUUCCAACAAGCGCCAUGCGUUUUUUUAGUGUCGUGCAUUUGCAACCGGAGUUAAGGAGAUAUCAUUUGUUUUUUUCAAGAGACCCAGCAUAUAAAUCUGGCAACAUAACAGCACCAUGCGCCUGUCCUGGUGGCUUCUGGCCAAUUGGCAGCCAGACUGUACAUAACGUUCAAUCCACAAGACUUCUAGCCAUGACGAGGCAUCGGCCUGAUUGUCGCAAACGUGAGCCUGUGUCGGCCACUUCUGAAUAUCGGCGUGAUUCUAUGCACGUACGCACGCACAGCUGCAUACGUACCACACUUCGUCAGAGCUUAGGAGUGGCUGCCAAAGGGCACCUGGGGCCCUGGCCAGCUUUAGGCUCGGAAGCGCUGAGAUUCUACCCGACGAACGGUGAAAACUAGCCUUCGCCAACCGCUGACGUGCUUAGCGGCCCCUGGGCUCCGCAUGGCAGCAAGCACGUGUUGACUGAACCCCUCCCACCCCAAAACAUGUCCCAUAUCCGUCGUCCCAUACGGGGCCCGCACUAUUAGCGUUGAGCUUAUCUGCGCCUCAUUGUGUGCGAGGGCCUACGCGUAACUUGCUCACGGAAUGGCUUUUUUGAGGGGCAUUCAUUCGAAAGGGAUCAUUGGUAGUAGGGGACGGCUUCGCACACAACGCGGGGGACGCCUAAGUACGUUGGGACGCUGCUCGAGCUUCCGGUGAGGGGGCCGGGGACCAGCUAAGCUAAGCUAUGGUACG